GAAACGUCUGAGUUCGUAAAUUUCUCCGGUUUUCCGUCGCAAGUCUGGUUAAGAGAGCCAAACUUUCCCUGCCACAUGUUGGUCUAAAAGCGAUAACCAUUCCAGUGUGCAUGAAAUACACUUUACCGGACAACCCCUUACUUCAUACGUGAACUGUCCACAAGCCGGCUGCAAACAUGCCGAUCUCGUGUCGCUUCUACUCUCAAAAAUACCCGGAGCCCGACGAUGUGGUGAUGGUGAACGUGCGACAGAUCGCCGAGAUGGGCGCCUACGUGCGCCUGCUCGAGUACAACGACAUCGAGGGCAUGAUCCUGCUCUCGGAACUGUCCAGGCGUCGUAUCCGAUCCAUCAACAAGCUCAUCCGCGUCGGCAGGAACGAGUGCGUCGUCGUCAUCAGGGUGGACAAGGACAAAGGAUACAUCGACCUGUCCAAGCGGCGGGUGUCUCCGGAGGACAUCACGAAAUGCGAGGAGAAGUUUGCUAGGGGAAAAGCCGUCAACAGCAUCCUGCGGCAUGUGGCCGAGACGCUGAAGUACGAGACAGACGCCCAGUUGGAGGAGCUGUACAAGAAGACGGCGUGGUACUUCGACGAAAAGUUCAAAAAGACCACGGCGGCGUACGACGUGUUCAAGCUGGCCGUCACUGACCUGUCCGUGCUGGACGAGUGCGACCUGGACCCCAACACACGGGAGGUGCUGCUGACCAACAUCAAGCACCGGCUCACGCCGCAGGCUGUCAAGAUCAGGGCCGACAUUGAGGUGUCCUGCUACGAAUACGAGGGCAUCGACGCCGUCAAGCAUGCUCUGCGAGAAGGAAUGGCCUUGUCUACGGAAGAUAUGCCCAUCAAGAUCAACCUGAUCGCACCCCCAGUCUACGUCAUGACCACAACUACCAUGGACCGGACAGAAGGCCUGGAUGCACUCAAUGCCGCUAUCGUGAAGAUUGAGGAGACCAUCAAGAAGGCUGGUGGUGUCUUCACUGUGCAGAACCCGCCCAAGGUGGUGACGGAAACGGACGAACUGGAGCUUGCCAAGCAGCUGGACCGGCUGGAGCAGGCCAACGCAGAGAUCGACGGAGACGACGACGACGAAGAGGCUGAGGCAGGCUCGGGCUCCGAGGCAGGCGAGGACGACAACGUGGUCAUCGCGGAGGCGUGACCUCCGCCGCGGCCCCUUGUCGAGACCCCGACCCCUCCGUCGUAAAUAAACCAAGCUGCCCUCAGUUAA